ACCCAUCAUGAUGAUGAAGGGGAUAAAGCUGCGGGAUGUGACGACGACGAUGAUACAGCGAUGAAAAUGGAGACGAAGUUUGAUUCUGAUGAUGAUACUUCUGUUGAUUUGGAAGUCCAGACAGAGGAGUCUGAUACUACAGAGAACUCUCAAGACUUGCGACCUCGCAUAGAGAGUAAGCUAGGCAUUGGCUCAAGUGACGGAGAAAAUGCAGAAGAAAACCCUUACAGAUUGCCUGCACGAAAGGCCUCGGAAAAUAGAUCAGGAAAACCCAACUCCCGUAAAGUAGCAGAUCCGGAAAAUCGAGGUCUUUUAGGGACGCCAGCUGCGGAGGGUGAAGGAGGUGGUCGAGGAGAUAUAGAUGGUGAAGCUGCUUCAGCACGUCACCAGGAACUGCUGUUCGUCCUGAGAGAGAAAGAGCAACAGCUACAAGCUCUGAUGAACCGGCAGGAGCAGUUAAAUCUGAGGCGCCGUGAAACAGAAAAGAAGCUCUUAGAAGCACAAACUAGAGAUAACCAAGCUCGAGCAGCAUUAGUUGCUGUAGCCACCGACCGCCAGAUCUUAGAGCAGAAGAUAGCCAGCCAGCAGGCGCAAGCAGAUGAUUCGGAACUCGGGGUCGCCGUCUGGGAGAUGAAUGGAACUGAUGACGAGAGCGGAGCUGUGGGCGAGGACAGGCAGUUGAAGUCAAACAUUGUUGGUUACCCAGAAUCUGACGAUGAGGAUAAUUCCAAGGUGGGUGAUGUGGAGAGUCUUCCCACUGAACUCAUGGAGCUGAAAAGGCAGCUGAACUAUCUCAGGAAUGAGUUUUCUCAGGCUGGUGAAGCACCCAAAAAUGUAGAAUCUGAAGAAGGCCGUCAACAGCUGCAGAAUAAACUUCAGAAACUGCAGAACAAGAAGUCCCGCAUGGAUCUGCUGUUGCAGGAAUUACGUAUGCUCCAUUCCCAGCCACUUGAACUUGUGAGAAACAAUGAAACAAACCCACAAAUCUCUGACCAGCCAGCCGUAGUCAAAAGAGCGACUUCCAAUAUCUCAGCCAGCCGACCCCAGAAGCCGCCCAGCAGACCUGCAUUACCUAACCUGCCGGCAAAUACAGGACAUUCGACAAAACAUCCUGCAAGAACCAGUGAAAUCAAGGUGGCGGCGGCGGCGCCACCAGAUGAGGCUGAUAAUGCCAGCUCAUCGUUUGCCCAGCAGGAGGAUGACUUUGAAGAAGAAGCUGACAAUGUGGAUCCGGCAGUGGUCCAGGACAUGCAUGAAAAACUGAGGCGUUUGAAAGAGGUUCGAGGCCAGCUGGAUCAACUGAGAAGUCUUGUUCAGUACUAUCAAGGCCAGAAAGAUGAGACUGAAGAGACAGAUGUUGGUGUUGACUCGCCGGCAUUGCCAGGAUUUAGUGACAAUGCAUUGCACAGAAAGGCUGGCUCAGAAGUUAGAAGCAGUCAGACAUCACUUCAGCAGCAGGCACUGAAGCAGCAGCAGCAGCAGCAGCAAGUUCAAGUGGUGGCAAAGCUGAAAACCCAGCAGCACAGACGACAGGCUAGGGAAAGUGAAAUGACUGUCACAGCAUCUUUACCUACUGCAGUCCAGCACCCAAAUCUUGCAGGGACAGACCAGGGUGGUGAGCUCUCAGAUGAGGACAAUGCAUCUGCAUCCCAAACAGAAUCUCAGUGGUCACACUUGGGUCCCUGGGAUGAAGAUCCUGAAAUACAAGAGAAAGUCAGGAAGCUGAGAUCUGCCAAAGAAAAACUGCGCCAGCUUCAAGAUCUGGUUGCCUUUGUCCAGCAGUCUCCAGACACGGUGACCACGGCACCAGAAAACAUAGGAGACCUGGCUACAGGCAUUGAAGGCAAGGCUGUGUCUCAUGCUACACAGACGGAUAACCUCAAUAUGUCUGUGAGUGAGGGAGAGAUACCCUCAGAAGCUGUGAGGAUUCACUUAAGGGACGGAUUAAAUGAGAACUCCAGAGCAGAAGUGUUGAUGCUGCAGAAGGAGAGGUCCAUGCUGUUGGAGAUCCAAAACCAGCUAAAGAACAUGCACCAUCAGACGCCCAGUGCUCAAGGAAGGGAAAGACAAGAAAGUACAAACAAAGAUGUGGGGAAACCAGAUUUGGAACAGGUACCUAGUGGGACUGUAGUCACAUUUGCUUCCAAUGAUGAAUUGUAUAGCAAAAUGAGACGCCAGCGUAUGCUGCGCGAGGAGCUGAGGUCUAAAAAGAAAGAGUUGGAAGCUAUCAUGAAGAAGGACAGAAACAAGAGGCAGUAUUCCCGCAAUCAAGACAAUCAGAGUGACACCAUCUCUUUGAACACCGACGCUUUUGGGGCACCAGCCAGCAUUGAUGCUACCAUGGCCACCUGGGGUGGUUCAACUGUAGAUAACCUGGAAAAUAUCACAGAAGAUGAUUGCAGGCAGGAAAGGGGUGAUCGUGAUGAUGGGAAUGAGGAGGAUGAGGACGAUGGUUACCCAAGUGAUGGGAUAGUUCAGGUUGAGGAAGAAGAGGAAGAAAAUGAAAGUGACGAUGGCACAUACACAAUUGAGAGAGAUGCCAGACAAAGAAAGAUUGUAAGAAACGAUGGGAACCAGAGUCAAGGCGCUCGCCCUAAAACUUCCAGAGGCAGGCAGACUUACGUGCAGCCUACACACAGAGAUACAAACAAACAAAAGCCUUCAAGACAACAAAGCAGUGGUAAAAACUUCCAGAACCAGAGAGAUACCAGAUCCAGAGAAGAGAGGGAGGGUGAAGAAUUCUUCCAACAGCCAAACAUGGAGUGGUAUAGGUCUAUUGAAGAUAAACUGGCCAGCCUGGGAAAUGCUGUGGAAAUGUUACUGAGAAAAUCUGACGCUGACGGCAGACAACUGAGCGUACCUCUCAGUCAGGAGACUGUUCUACAAGGAGGAAACAUCAUGUCCCCAGUACAGGAGCAGAUGCUUCAGCUGCAGAACCAGUCAAUGAUGUUGAGUUUUGGACACUUGGUCCAGUCGCUGACCCACCAGCAAGGAGACAUACAGCAGUUGCAGCAACAGAUGCAAGCACUGCAGUUACAGGUCCAAGAAGUCCUCCAUGAGUGCAGCUUUCACACGGGCAGUGCAGCUGGAGUUGCUCACCCUCAGCGCUUACACCCACCCUUGUUGAGCUCAGGAUUCGGCAGCAAUAGCUACAAUCUUCAAACUACACCCAUAGGCACCCACGGUCUGACCCUUAAUCGUCAACAAAGCAAUCUAGGCAGCUCUGUCCCACUUGGCAUGUUUGGUGAUCUGUCAGCACACAGCCCGGGCCUUCGGAGUUUCCAGCCCAACAGCCUCGGCCUUUCUGUAAGCAACCUGUCCUUAGGGUUGGACAGAAGAGCUCCAGGCGGAGGCCCUGGACUGGGGACCAGCCUGAGCGUCAACACAGGGUCCAACUUGUCCUUGCCACAACAAGAUGCCGGGAUGAGCUUUAGUUCUCUUGGGCAGUCUGCUUUGAACAUUCAGAGGUCCCAACAGCAUCAAGCAUCUCAGACAGCCUCUUCCGUUGGAGCCAUGGCAAAAGACUUCCGACAGCUGGUCACUGCUCUGCACUCUUCUGCUCCUCAGGCAGCAGACAGCAGAUACGAGAGUUUCAGCAAUUUCCCAGAGUCUGCCGGCCAUCAGAAUCAGAAGGGCGGGGUUGGCAGAUUCCCCAUUGUCCCAUUCCAAGAUGGAGACGAUGAAGAAACAAGUGUUGAUAAACCCAUACAUAGAACAGCAUCAGGUUUCAAUGACAACAGGCUUUUCAGCAGGACAUUUGACUUGCCUGUGAAGAAGUCGGACAGUGACCCUACAUCAGGCGUUAAGUUGCCAUCAUUAGAAGUGGACAGUUUCCACACUGUUGGUAGAAAUAUUGGUCAUCCCAGUAGAGAAAGGUCAACUGCUGCGGGCUUGAGGUCACUUGCUAACACUGCUGCGGAUGGUGCUUCUAAUUUUACAACUGCUGGCUUAGGGAGCGGCUCAAGCUCCUCGUAUGCACAGUUUAUCAGGGAUAAACAUGCACGGCUUCGAAGAGAACAGAAACAUGCAAAAUCAAAUGCCACUGCAGAAAGCAACUCACUUUUCGAUACUUUACGUGACACAAUCUAUGCAGAAGUGGCAUCCGUGAUCUCUCAAAAUGAGGGAAAUCCUCACUUCCUGUUGGAGCUGUUUCGAGACAUGCGGCAUAUCGAUUCUGACCUCAUGAGGCAGAGGGCACUGAACUCACUGCAGCUUCGUAAUGAGAGUGUGUUAAAGAAGUUGACGAAUUUUCAGAGUUUACCUUUCUGGGGUAAUGGUGCAUCAAACACUGUCGACAAGGUCAGCUCUGAACAGACACCCAGUGAGAGUGUUAACUCUGAGGAGGAGGAGGACAUUAAAGUUGCUCGUUUUCAAGAGGAGGUCUCCGCAGCAGAGAGGACCUGGAUGGACAGACUGAGCCAGAUCAACACAUUUCAGAGUUUUCCUUUCGAUUAUUCAGAUACAACAAAUAACCCCCGCUCCUUGUCUUCUUCUACCAAUGGCGGGGAAGAAUCACCGUUCCUUCAGGACGCACUUGGCGAGACAGUGAUAGAGUUCAACGGCUUGAAACGAGACGGAGAAACAGAACAACUGACCUCGCAGGGAGAUGUGAGCAGGAGGAGUGACCAUCAUCGAUUUGCGGAUGUGAACAUGGGACAGCAUUUAGGACAUGGCGUGUUUCAAGUCUCGGAUAAAUUUGUGAAGGAUUCCAAGAACACACGGCCACGAGAGAGAAGGAAGCCAAGACGAGCAGAGGGGGCGGAAAGUGGUCUACGAUCUGUGGGCUCCCAGUCCAGCGAUGUGGCCAGCAGCACGGCCAUGGAUCAGGGCAGUGAGAGCUCCGUCUCAGACAUGCCAUACGCACGUAUAGAUAUGAAACAGCUGGACCGACAGAUCAAGGAAAUUAUGAUGAAAACCAUACCAGUGGUCAAGGAACACAUGGGGGACACCUGUUCGACCCAGCUGCUGGGCUACAUCAGGCGGCUAGUCCUGUCUCUGACUGGACAGAUGAGCAGCCAAGAGUUUUCAGGCUUCUUCCAACAUCAGCUGACCUCCAUUAUAGAUGAUGCACUGCAGAAAUAUGAGGGGCGAAAGAUGAGGGAUUGCGGUGAAGACUUGCUGGUGGAGAUCUCAGAUGUUCUGUUCAACGAACUGGCAUUCUUUAGAUUGAUGCAGGACCUGGAUGAUCCAAAUGUAGCCAGGAAGCUUCGGUCUACAGAGUGGCAAGCUGGGAUUUCCAGGGAGGAUAACUCAUCUGAGUAUGCCGCCAGCACCAGCACAUCGGAGGGUUUUGAUGAGGAUAAUAAUCAUUUUGAAGAGGAUAAAACUGAAGAUGGAGGAACCGAUAAAACGCUGGAGGCCGGUGACACACAGGGUGAACUAAAAACUGAGUCAGAGCAGGAGGAAUUUAUGGACAAAGAUCAGGAAAUGGCCGGCAAGCAUGGUGUCAGAGAUGCUGAUGAGAAAGAUGAUGAUGAAACUGAGCAACUGUACAAGAUUGAGCUCGCUCCCAGUGAGACCAAACCAUUUACCAGGAUUGGCAGUGAUGAAGAUGAUGAUGAUGAUGAAGAGGAUGAAGAGUGCAGCCUGGAGGAUCCCGGUGAAACUGCGGUCAGUCGAGACUCCUUGCUAGAAAUUAGCGGUCAGUCCACAGCCAUUACUUCCCUCAGCACCAGACCAGAGACGGAGGGGGCCCAAGGAGACGAGGCAGAGAAGCAGGAUCUGGAGAAGCCUGUGUCUCCUAAGAAGACAGGGCAGGCCACAGCGGUGAAGCCUCAUGGAGAAGGGGAUGGAGCAGAGGUGGCACCUGCAACCAACAACACAACAGCAAUUGCAGGGGUAAAUGGAACUGUAAAUGAGGAAAACAAUCACGGCAGCGAGGAUGAACUGACUGUAGAUGAUUUGCCAGAGACGCUGAGUGUGCCAUCUGCUCUAUCUGCAUCUGUAAUUAGCAACAGUAACAACACUAACUGA